AUGGCAAGGCCGGCACCUACUGUAGCAUCAAACCGAUGGCUCCAGAGUCUUCGAAAGUGGUAUUACAGUGCUGUAGGAUUCAACAAACUUGGGUUAAUGUGUGAUAAUACACUUUAUGAAGAUGAAGAUGUUAAAGAGGCCAUAAGGAGGCUUCCAGAGAAUCUGUAUAAUGAGCAAAUGUUUCAUAUCAAGAGAGCUCUUGACCUGACCAUGAGGCUGCAGACCUUGCCUAAAAAUCAGUGGACAAAAUAUGAAGAGGACAAAUUAUACCUUCAGCCAUAUCUGCAGGAGGUUAUACAGGGAAGAAAAGAGAGAGAAGAAUGGGAUAAGAAAUAA